GGUAUAGACUGGCACUUGUAGCUCCGAUUCGACCCCUAGCCCAGGAAUUUCCAUAUGCCGCAGGUGCCACCCUAGAAAGAAAAAAAGAAAAUAAUUUUUCCAGGCAUUAUGGAUGGUUCCAAGUGACUGAUGAUGGUCUUGGAUUUACAAUGGUAGCAAAAUACGUUGUGUGCCUUUCUUAGCAGUUACCAUAAGACCAGCAGUAGCUCUGGUGUGGCAGCUGGGUGCCAAGUUUGAAGUUUUACAAGCAGAUGGGAUAGGCAGUAAGGAAUUUUGGAUUAUUCCAAGAGAAUUAUUGAGAUCAUAGUCCAUGGAACCCAGGACUGAUAGGAAUAGGAAGAGAGAAAUGAAGAUGAGGAUGUGGUGACAUGGCAUAAGUUCCAAUCUUGGGGAACAGGUGUCUACUGUUUGAACAUUUGAGAAAAAAAAUUGGAGAUCAGAAAUUCGUAGUGAGUUAAUAAGUUUCUGAAUUAUUAUUUAGAACAUGACCUAUCGGAUUGAUGUGAACAUCAGGGGUACAGGGCGAGUUGCUAAGCGCCAGGCAAUUGUUAAUGUCACUAUGGACUUAAGAUCUAAAGGAUCACACCAAUUGUCAAUGGGUUAACCAAAUGAACAGUCACCUGGCACAGAAGAAGGCUAGCACUGGGGAUUUAGAAAAAGGCUGAGGACCAGGUGACAUGAGAGACUACCCGGACUUGUGCAGCUGAGAGUGACAAGAACCAAAAGAAAACAUAAUCAUACUUAUAAAGGAGGUGGUGUUACAAGCUGGUGGAGGAGAAUGGAUCUGGAGUAGCCCAGAGUUUUGACCUUGAGCUUUCUGUCUUUGACCCACAUUUGCUUGAGGAUGUUCCAAGAUGUGGAGGAAUGAAGGGAGGAUGAAGGUACAAAAGAGCCAAGAUAAUGGUCCAAGAAGGCAGAUUUGGAGCCAGUCUCACAAUUUAUUUUUAUAGGGUACGAGGAAAAGAAGUAUGAUGAAGACCUCACAGAGAAAGCAUCGUGAUGGGGGGAAACAAGGCAAACCAGAGCCUAGUUUAAACAUCUCGAUCCCGCUGAGACUGUCCAGUUACAUAUUCAAGAGACCAGUUACUAGAAUCACACCCCAUCCUGGCAAUGAGGUCAGAUGCCAUCACUGGGAGGAAACCUUGGACAGCCCCCAGCAGCUGUACUGGCACAAGAGGCUGCAAGGACUGCAGGCCUGCAGCAGCACAGGGGAACUGUUAAGCCCCUUGGAUCUUGCCAAAGCCCUGCAGAAACUUGCGCCUCGUUGCACAGAUGAGUCCCUGCUGGGGCUGCCUGCAGGUGACCCCAACUCUGGCCCUGUGGCCACCCCUGCCCGGUCCACGGAUUUGCCAGAGACAAUUUCAGGAGCUAGCCUGGACCGCCCACAGCUCCACUGCAGACGAUGCCUGGUCACUGAGGAGGACAUCAGGAACCAGGAAAGGAAUGUGAAGACAGCGAGGGAGAGACUGGCCAUAGCCCUGACUGCAGACCGGCUGGCGGGCGAGGCGGAGAAAGCAAGGGGCCAAGAGGGGCAUCCUGACAAACACUGUGGGAAAGAAGUCAGGAUGGUGCAGAUGAAGCUGCACACGAUGCUUUAUUAGUGACUCUUUGCAGUUCUCUUGCACUGAGCUCUUGAAAAUUUAAGAUAUAUUAAUGCUUUCCUUUAUUGUUAAGUCCUUUGUGUGACAUAGAAAAUAUAGACAGGGAUUUCUUUUUGAGGUGAGAAAUUGGGUUUUAGGCUAGAGGACCCAGGCUCUUUCCUCUCCAUGUUGUUCUCUCAUUUUCAUUUACUAAGCGAAACAUACCCAUUUACUAAGUGAAAAAUACUUUCAGUUACUAAGUGAAAAAUACUCAUUUAUUUAUGAGUAUUUUAAAGUUAACAGAGUCACCAAAGUCACGGGAUUCUUCAAGUUCUUACCCUCACAGAGAACAAACUACCCACUUAGACCGGAUUGUUCUUUUUGAAUAAUAUUCCCCAGUAGAUUCCGAAACAACCUUUCAUUAAAAGGAUGUCAUAGCUAUGUUCCCAAAUAAGAUACCUAGUUCUAGUUUUCUUGUUUGGGUUGCAUGCUAAUUCAGAGUUGCCUGUAAUGAAACAUCAGACUUUCACUUGUUUUCUAGAUCUACACGUGUUUGAAAUCUGAUCUGCGAUCAUUGAUAUGCCAUUCAGGGCAAAUCAUACUAUCAGGAGACUGUUUUUAGCAUCAUUUAGCAAGAAGCCUGGGCUUGUUGCGUGUAUUUAUCUAUUUACCUGAUCACGCAUGUUGUGCUCUUUAGCUUGUUUUCAUCAUUACUUAUGUUUGCUGGAUGGAUUUAUCAGUUUCUGAAAGAGUUAUGUUAAAAAUAAUAAGAGUAUCUGUAUGUAUAGCUUCCCUAAAACCAGCUUAUUUUUAUUUUUCUUUUAUCUUAUUUUUGGCCAUGCCCACAGCAUGUGGAAGUUCCCAGGGCUAGGGAUAGAACUCACACCAUGGC